GACCUUCUCGUUCGUUGUUCAUUCUUCAUUCUUCAUUCGCUCUUCGGUCGAUCUUCGCACGUAAGUCAGCCGCAGCGACCGCGACCAAUGGCAGACGCACAGAGCGGGCGCAGCUCGGGCUCGCUGACGUCGCUCCUCGGCACCAUUUUUGAGCGUGCCUCUUCCUCGUCGUCCUCCUCGUCGGCCGAGGACCCGGCGGCGGGGCUGCUGAGCCUGAUCCAGGUGGCGCGCGCCCGCAUCGCCUCGCUCGGCCUCGUCAGCGCCAACGACACGCUCGAGGACCUGCCCACGGCGUCGCUCCGUGCCCUCGCCCUCGACAGCGUCUAUGCCGAGGCGGUGCUGCGGACGCGCACGGCCGUGGGCGACUUUGGCGCGCGGCAGGCCGUGCUGCAGCAGUCGCUCGUCGCAGCGCGCACCUACCUCGCCCGUCUCGCUACUCUUGGCGUGCUCCUGCGAGAUCGAAGCAGCAGCAGCAGCAGCAGCAGUGAGGCCGACGGCGACGCCGUGCCCGCGUACGUGAACCAGCUCUCGGCCGUGGUGGCAAGGUGCAUCGACGGCGACGAGGCGACGGCGCCCUUUCCCAGCGAGGCGGCCGCGCGGCGCCAGGCAAAGAUUGCCGCUCUGCGCCUCGAGCGCGCCCUCUCCCGCGCUCUCGACUCGUACAGGCUCGCGCUGCGGGCCAAGCGGGGGCCUGCUGCGUCGUCGUCGUCAUCAUCAUCACAACAGCCGCCCGAGACGGCGUUUGACCUGCUCGUGCUGCCGCCCAGCCGGCGCGGCCAGCAGGCGACCAGUGCUGAGGACGAAGAUGAGGGCAGGGCCGAAUACGAGGGCGUAAGCAAGAGUGAGGACGGGGACGAGGACGGCGAUGGGGAGGAGGACGGAGAUGAGGAAGAGGAAGACGAUGGCAACUUUGUCGGUGGGGCCGGCGAGGAGUUUGGCGACGGCGUCCGGACACCGGCGGGCCUGCGCAGCUACCUCGUCAUGCUCCUCCGGCUACAUGCGAUCCGUGCCCUCAACCACAUCGACUCGACGCUCGCCGAGCUGGCGCUGCUGAAGAACAUGCCGGCGAGUGCGGCACGCGACGCAGCGGCGCGCGCGGGGCAGGAGCGCGACAUGCGUGCGCAGCGACAAGGACAAGGACAAGGCAGCAGUGGGGACGACGACUGGCGCAUCGAGCAGCGCUUUGGCGCGUCGAGCUCGGCGCCGCUGCUGGACCCCAAGGGCAAGCCGCUGCGGCCCUUUACGAUUCUCCCCUCGGGGUCAGCGUCGUCUUCCUCAGCAGCAGCAGCAGGCGCAGGCCAGGGCGGCGUGCUCAACGAGCGGCAGCGCCUGCGCGACGAGGUGUUCCGGCCCUCGCAUCGGCUGCCAACCAUGUCGAUCGACGACUACCUCGCGGAGGAGCAGCGCCGCGGCAACAUCAUCCAGGGCGGCGGCGAGGCGAGCGCACAGGCGCCCACGUCGACGGAGCAGCGCCGUGCACGUGCCGAGGGCGACGGUGGGGCGACGACGCGCGACGCCGACGAGGCCGCCGACGAGCAGCGCCGGCGCGACAUGGAGUGGGACGACUUCACCGAGGCCAACCCGCGGGGACAGGGCAACACGAUGAACCGGGGGUGA